CGUAGGCGCCGCUGCAGUGCGAGGAAGCGACUUCGAGGCGUCUUGAAGUAAACGACGGUAGUAGUAAAGAGUGUUUUACUGCAAUGCCGAAUAAAUCCAAGAAAGAGAAGGAACCCGUAAAGUCUGGAAAAACUAGUAAAGCCGGAGGAAAAGAUGCCCAAGAAAACGUGGACCAUGAAGCUUGUAAUAAAAAAAACAGUUCAUUGCCCACAGCCCAGUUAACAAAAGUAAAACUUUCAGGGAUGCAGACAACAGUUAAAAGGGAAAAGCGCCACAGUUCAUCAUGGUAUAAUCUUAGCAACGACAGGGAGCUGCAGAAACUUCCAGCUUUUAAAGAUGUCCCACCUGCAGAGCAAGAAAAACUUUUCAUUCAGAAGCUGCGUCAGUGCUGUGUUCUGUUUGAUUUUGUAUCCGAUCCUUUAAGUGACUUGAAGUGGAAAGAGGUGAAAAGAGCUGCUCUGAGUGAAAUGGUGGAAUACAUCACACACAAUCGAAAUGUUAUUACUGAGCCUAUUUAUCCAGAGGUAGUUCACAUGUUUGCUGUCAACAUGUUUAGGACUUUACCUCCCUCUUCCAACCCAACAGGAGCAGAGUUUGACCCAGAGGAAGAUGAACCAACUCUAGAGGCAGCUUGGCCUCAUUUGCAGCUUGUCUAUGAAUUUUUUCUUAGGUUUUUAGAGUCCCCAGAUUUUCAACCAAAUGUUGCUAAAAAGUAUAUUGACCAGAAAUUUGUAUUACAGCUUUUAGAACUUUUUGACAGUGAAGACCCCCGUGAGAGAGAUUUUCUUAAAACCACACUUCACAGAAUCUAUGGAAAAUUUCUUGGGCUUAGGGCAUACAUUCGUAAACAGAUCAAUAAUAUAUUUUAUAGAUUUAUUUAUGAAACAGAACACCAUAAUGGGAUUGCAGAAUUACUGGAGAUUUUGGGAAGCAUUAUUAAUGGUUUUGCCUUACCUUUAAAAGAAGAGCACAAAAUUUUCCUGUUAAAAGUUUUGCUGCCUUUGCAUAAAGUCAAGUCACUUAGUGUCUACCAUCCACAGCUAGCAUAUUGUGUUGUUCAGUUUCUAGAAAAGGAUAGCACUCUUACAGAACCUGUGGUUAUGGCACUUCUUAAGUACUGGCCAAAGACACAUAGUCCAAAAGAAGUCAUGUUCUUAAAUGAGCUUGAGGAAAUUCUGGAUGUAAUAGAGCCUUCAGAGUUUGUUAAAGUCAUGGAGCCAUUGUUUCGACAACUGGCAAAGUGUGUCUCAAGUCCACAUUUUCAGGUUGCAGAACGAGCAUUGUACUACUGGAAUAAUGAAUACAUCAUGAGCUUAAUCAGUGACAAUGCUGCUAAAAUCUUACCCAUCAUGUUUCCUUCAUUGUACCGGAACUCGAAGACUCACUGGAAUAAGACCAUCCAUGGCUUGAUCUAUAAUGCACUGAAACUCUUUAUGGAGAUGAAUCAGAAACUGUUUGAUGACUGCACUCAACAGUUUAGAGCAGAAAAGAAUAAAGAGAAGCUAAAAUCUAAAGAGAGGGAGGAGGCAUGGAUCAAGAUAGAACAUCUUGCAAAGUCAAAUCCACAGUACCCUGUGUACAUUGACUCCUCUUGCCUCAAUAGUCCUGUAGCAAUGGAGACAGAUGUUCCUUUGAUAGAAGAUGUUCAAAUGUUAAAAAAGACUGUAGAAGAAGCAGCUACUCCGCUACAGAGAGAUCAGAGGAAAGAACGGCCGCUUGUUAGACGAAAAUCUGAGCUGCCUCAGGACAUUUAUACCGUGAAAGCCUUGGAAUCACAUCGCCGCACUGAAGAAAUCCUGACCAUUCAUGAUGAGCAUUAGGCAAACAUGCCGGUUUUCUGCUUUGAACAGGAAGACUGAAGAAUGCAAACACAAAUAAGAUGGACCAGAAACUCCUGGAUUUCUGCCCAUGAAGCACAGUUCUAUGAUUCUGUGCAUUAAGGUUUCUGCUUUCUCAGGAUGUGAAGAAGUGGUGUUUUUCAAAUUUCUUUGUCUUUUUGUUUUCCCCAAUAUUACCACAUAUUGAGUGCCUGCCUGCCUUUAAAUUUGUCUUGUGUUGUUUUAUUUGUUAGUCUUUAAUUAAACUUUUGCCAUAUUAAUUCAGAAUAUAAGAUCAUAUUACACCGAGAAGCAAGAGACUGACAAUGAAAACAGAUCUUUUGAAAAAAAGCAAUGUGAAAUAUGUGAAUUUUUUUAAGGAACAAAUACAGAAAACAUGCACAGGCAAGCUUUUUCUUCCAAUAACAGGAUCAACUGUUAGUGCCAAUGUUUCAUUUCAUUCACAUCAAACUUUAAUUUUUCAUGUCACUUUGCUUUUGAGGAAAAGUGUAUUUUUGUAACCCAAGAAAUGGGAAGAGUACUCCUGCAGAAUUUACCAAAAUACUGGAAAUAGCUCAGUGAGCAGAGAACCGGCAUGAAUAUUUAGGUUGUCCAUCCACAAUGUAUGUCUGCGUAUAGUGGUCUCUGUGUGCCAAACUACUUUAAUUUUACACAUAAAGAAGUUUUACCCAGUUCAGUAGGCAAUAAGUUUACUCAGAAUUCAUUUGAAAUGUUGGUAGUUCAAACAAGGGUCAAGUAUAGAUAAACAUUAAAAAAGAAUUGUCUGUCCUUAAAAAAGAAUUUUGAAAUGUUCUUAAUAUUCCUUUAAUUCUGUAAUUAUUGUAAAUCUGAUAUAAAUAGCAGUUCUGUGAAUUAAUACUUCCAAAUUUGUCUUUGAGCUGCCUAAAAUUUUUAAAAGAUGUGUUUACUGUGUAGCUAGUUUUUAGAACUGCCUUUCAAAGGCUGUAUUGUCUCCAUACCUGCAAAACCAGCAAGAUGUCUGUUUGCUCCCUAUACUUGCUUAUGUAUGCUAUACAUUCCAGUAGUAAGUGAGAAUUUGAAGGUACCACAUUUUCCUCGCAUCCAUGAAUACUACUUGCUUA